AUGUCGUAUGGCUUGUUUCUGUUCUCGUUGCUGAGGACCCGGCACGUGGAAAAUGUCAUCGGGACCACUUUUGGCCAAUGGCUGCUGGUUUGUUGCGUCUUCCUUUUCCUCCAAUGCGCCGGCACAGUGGUGUGGAUUGCAUUUGGUGGCAAUGAGGAGUUCAGCACUUCGUGGAAUGACAGCUGGUGGAUUAGCUACACAUUGCUGGUUGACAUCGGCACUCAGACGGGCCUCUCGGCCCGGGAACGGGGCAGCAUCAAAUUCGUCAGCGCGGUCAUUUCGUUGGUGGGCUUCGUCUACUUUCUGACGCUGCUGGGGAUGGUGGUGGACCUCCUGCGGGACUUUCUCAACGACAUGCGCAUGAGAUUCAGCAGCGUAAGGGCUUCGAACCAUUGGCUCAUCCUUGGCUGGGGAGACAAGACUCUGCUGCUGAUCGACGAAUUGCUUACCUCGAUCGCCUCGGCUCCGCCGCAGCGCAAAUGCUGCGGCUUCUGCGGUUGUCGCAGGAGGCGGCAAAUCGUGAUCCUGGCAGACAUGCCCACGCAACAAAUGGCUGAUGAGGUGCAAGUGCACUGCUUGGCCGACCCUCUGCUCCAGCGAAUCACCACCUUGUUUUUGCCGGUAGUCUGUUAUAAGCAGGGCAAUCCCACAGAUAUCAGUGAGCUGCUGAGUGUCAGCGCACCCAAUGCGCGCGGCAUUUUGGUGGCACGCACAUCUGAAAAUGGACAUUUGUCGGAUCUCAAAGCCAUCUCUGCCUUGUUAGCCUUGGCCGCCAUGCCUGCCGACUCGCCCGUGAACGGCGACGUAUGGGUGGAAGUGUGUCAAGAGCAAAGUUUACGGACCGUGAAGACCAUCUUGCCUGACUCGCAUGGCAUUGUGGCUCGAAAGGUGGUGAAUCGCAUGAUGGUGCUACGUGCCUUGGUUCCUUCGGUGGGUUUCGUGUUCCUCAGCAUGACCUCGGCCUCCUUCGCCAACAAGUCGAUUUCGGGGAAGUCGCAGCUGCUGACGCCCACCCUGGGCCGGUCCUCGGGCGGCAGCCGCACAACGGCGACGUUGCCUCCGGCCAAGCUACACCUGGUUCCAGCGCCUGCAUCGGUGUGCGGUGUGCCCUUCAGUGAAGUCGGCCAAUUCUUCCCGGAUGCCGUGGUCUGCGGCGUGAACUCGGCGAAGUCGUCCAUCAUCCCUGAGGGAAACUACUGCCUGCAGGCGCAAGAUGUUUUGGUGCUGGUGGCGCCCCAUGCAGCCGCGGCAAAGCGUUGUGUGGUCCCACGGCCCAGCGCUACCUCUGCCGCCACCGUGGCACCUGAAGAGUCAAAAGGGCUGUACCUGGCGGAGUCCCUGGUCAAGAGCGAUGGCCAACUGCGUUUGGGUCCUGCAGCGGAUGGACCCAAGACGGUGCUUGUGCUCGGAUGCCCCGGAGCUGGUGAUAUUGCAGAGAUCCUGGAUACCAUUGACGUCCAUGUCUCUUCUGGGAGCUCUGUACACAUCUUGUCCAGGACUCCAGUGGCGGAACGAGAGGAAUGGAUUCUGCAGCACUUGAAGAUGACGGGUCGCAGCAACUUCAACCGAAUCACAGUGCAGCAGUACGAGGGCGAGAGCACCAACAAGUGGGACAUGACCAAAUUGCCGCUGGAGAGCGCCCACUGCGCGCUGAUCCUGGCGGAACGGCUGCGCGACGACGAGUCGACCCUGGCGGUGGAUUCCAGGAAUCUCACCUCAGCCAUUUUCCUCAAGCAGAAGCUAGAUGAGCUGAUACAGGCUUCUGCAGGUGCCAUUCCACGCUCUGCCUCCACUGCCACCAACAUGACAGUUAUGACCACCCUAACGGACGCCUCGGGGCCGAGCGCGGCUGGAUCCCGUGGCAAGAAAUGCAAAAUGGUGACCGAACUUCUGGAUGCCAAGAGUGAAACUGUGCUUGAUGGCAACGCUGGCGUGAGGAAGCAGGGCUCCUUCAUGUACACCAACGCGCGCGAGACGGCCAUCUACGCGCUGGCGGUUUACGAGCUCUUUAUCCAACUGGAGGAUCCCUACUGCGGAAUCGGCUUCGUCACGGUGGCGCCCAUCAAUCACUACGUCACAGGGAUCGAGGACCUGUCCUACCACCAGCUGCAACGACGUGUAUGGAACAGCUGCAAGGGUGUUUUGUUGGGUUGGCGCGACUUUUCAAAAUACCACCCUGAGCUUAAUCCUGACCAAAAGGAUGAAGUGAUCGAAUGGGAUGACAUGAGCAACUUGGAGUUGAUCAUCUUGCGCCCGCCAGAUGGUGCUGCCUAGAACGAGGGUUGACGACCUGAAAAUUAUGUGGAACUAUGUGGAACUCCUG